AUGCGAGAUCGUACGCCUAAAGACGAUGUGGCGAAAGCGCGUGAAGAUUCUAGUCAAAUCAAAUCAUAUUUUCGUAAUCCAAACACGUCAAAGCACGGUUCGACUGAACUGGAAUCCGCCUUGGAAUUAGUCGAACAUGAGAUCGAUCUACGCACACGUAACAUGUCAAAUCAUAAAUGUACAUUAGUUUUUAACAAACAAUUAAAAAUGGGUGCUGGUGUAUGCGAUCGAUUAAAACGAACAGCUAAGGUUCUUGCCUACAAGCAACUGAUGACUAUGACAAGAGAUACUCCAAGAGAAUAUUUAAAAGUAAAACCAACGAAAGAUGGAUUUUGGAAAGCCAUCAUCGAUUCCAGACAAAGUCAAUAA